AUGUCCAAGCCUUCGGAUCACAUCAAGCGCCCCAUGAACGCCUUCAUGGUUUGGUCCCGGGGGCAGCGUCGGAAGAUGGCCCAGGAGAACCCUAAAAUGCACAAUUCGGAGAUUAGCAAGCGCCUCGGGGCCGAGUGGAAGCUGUUGUCCGAGGCCGAGAAACGCCCUUACAUAGACGAAGCCAAGAGGCUGCGCGCCCAGCACAUGAAGGAGCAUCCCGACUACAAGUACCGGCCCCGCCGCAAGCCUAAGAACUUGCUCAAGAAGGACAGGUAUGUCUUCCCUUUGCCUUACCUCGGGGAUACCGACCCCCUCAAGGCGGCAGGGCUCCCCGUGGCAGCCACAGACUCUUUGCUCGGCUCCCCGGAGAAGGCGAGGGCCUUCUUGCCCCCCACCUCCGCACCUUACUCUUUACUUGACCCCAGCCAGUUCAGCUCCAGCGCCAUCCAGAAGAUGACCGAGGUGCCCCACACCUUAGCUACCAGCACUCUGCCCUACGCCUCAACCUUGGGAUACCAGAAUGGGGCUUUUGGCACCUUGAGUUGCCCGAGUCAGCACACCCACACUCACCCGUCGCCAACCAACCCGGGCUACGUGGUGCCUUGUAACUGUACGGCUUGGUCUACGUCCAGUUUGCAGCCUCCUGUUGCCUACAUAUUAUUCCCGGGCAUGACCAAGACUGGAAUAGACCCCUAUUCUUCAGCGCACGCUGCAGCCAUGUAA